UCUUGACCUAAUCCGGUGAGAGAUCUGUUAGUACCUGGAGAUAGUGAGUUUGUUAUUGUGGAAUCGUUAUGGCAUCUUCUGACGAGCUACCAAAUUUCUCUGGUUAUUGGAAGCUGACCAAAAAUGAUGAAAAUUUUGAGAAGUAUCUUCAAGCCAAUGGAGUGAACUUCAUGUUAAGGAAGGUCAUCAAAUCUGCCACUGUGUAUCAAGACAUCGAACAGGAUGGUGAUCAAUUCAAGAUCAAGAUCAUAUUGCCGGUUGCUACUCAAGAAUUGUCAUUCACAGUAGGUGAAGCUUUCGAGACCUACAAUAGCUUCCGGAAAGUGACCUUAAAAAGAAUAGCAAACUGGGAUGGGCAAGCAUUAAUCAUCAAGUCAUCUGACCCUGCAUCAGAUGAACCGGAAGAAAAACGUGAGCUCGAAGAUGGAUUCCUGUACCUUACUCUGACUAAAGGGGACGUUACAACUAAGAGAACUUUUGAAAAGGCAGUUAAAAAAUAACUUUGACCUGUAUAAGGUAUUACAAAUGGCUGCAAUAUAAAUAAAGUUACGAGACUUAAUGAAAUAAAAGACCUGUACAUUUUUUCAGAAAUAACAUUGUCUUGAAUAAGACAUAAAAGUCUGAUUAAUUAAUAAAUGCUCAUAAAAACAGUACCAUCAAGAUUUGAAUGAGAAUCAAGGCAUUUGGAAUAUUAAUCAUCUAAUCAAUCUAUCCUCUCCCUUAUAAAGGUAAUGCUUUGAUCAGAAUAACAUGGUGAAAAUGUUAGCAGUCUUAUUGAAAAUCAAGUUAAUUAGGAGCUAAGCUCGAGUGAGCAACUUACGCCAACUUCAAAAAAGAAUUCCAACUUUUACGUUUAAUGUUCUAUCAACUAUAUAUUUUAGAAUUUCUUGCGCGAUGACAUGAUAAAAUGAAUGAAUUUAUGGAGCUUACAUCAUUCUCUGUCAAUGUUCAUAUGGCGAAAUGUGUGAGAAAACAAGCGAUGAGGAUCAACAACAGAAAAAGGUGCGAGAGAAAACGAAUUCGUAAAAAUAAGUUCAAGAAAAUACAUGACACUUAAUUUGGGCCAGGGGCGGCGGAACGUAUUUCCGUGGGGGGAGGGGGACAAAGCCAAAGAGAAUAUCAUCUGUGUGAAGAAGUGUGUUUUGUAGUGAUUAUGUUGAGCAAAGUUUUUCUGAUUGAUAAGACAUAUUACACGAGUAAGAAAUGUGUGCUAUUCAAACCUGAAAACUGGACAUUCCAUACCUUAAACAAUUAUUGAUGCGAAGCGCGAGCCAAAAAUUUUGAGAUUUUCUAACCUAAAAUGUAU